AAAUGAUCAUGUGUCAUAUCUGAAUUACAUAACACAGAAGAAUAGCAGUUGUAGACAGGAUCUGAUAUUCAAACAGAAAGUUGCCAUUUCAAACUUCAAAAACAUAAAGCUGUUGAAUAUUUAACAAUGUGAAACUGUGUCAUAGUUAUUGAGUCAACCAGACGUUCUGAGAAAUCCGGAUAUAGGAUGGCGUCAGACUCCGAGGACACCAGACAGCGCGCAUUUCUUCGCUACAUCCACAGACAUCGCUGUGAGAUCCCGAUGAACGAAGCUGAUAAACUGACAAUAGAGCCGGGUAUCAGACAAAUGCUGGGACAUUUAAUCCAAAAAGUCGGAGAGAAAAAUCCUAUCUUUAAAAUAUCAGACAUAAUUUCAUCAGGAAGUUUCUAUGAAGGAACGAAAAUUGGAAAUUUUGAUGAAUUUGACUUCAUGGUAAUUUUGAAGAUAUUUUCGGAACCUGAUAGAAUUAAUAUUCAAAAGGGAUGUUCGGACUGGUACACCAAACUCCAACUGAAAACAGACCAAAAGGAAAACCUCCAACCAUACAUGUGUUAUUGUGCUAGUGGUAACGUUGAUACUGAAACAUAUCAUAAUAGAUAUGAGAAUUACUUCAGAAAUCCAAAAGAUUUGAUUUCUUGUUUCUGGAAUACUAUUUCUGAAGUUACAGAAUCCGACUCUUUUCAUGUAGAAAUACUCGAAGGGACCUUAAUACCAACAAAAAUUGAGAAAGAAAAACUCCCACUUGUAUAUGUUAAAAGGAGUGGUGUGUCAGAGAUGAAAUAUGAUAAAUAUAGCAGAACUUUGGUUAAAGUUGAGAGGACACAUAUUGGUGUUGAUUUGAUGAUGGCAUUGGAACAUCCCAACCCCACAGCUGUUGGUGAUCUGUCGGGAUUUCCUUCUGAAUUUCAGGAUCUACUCUUAAAGUAUGGCUGCCAUAUAAUUACCAAAUCUUGUCACGUCAAUCACUCCCCACACCCAUCCUGCUGGUUUAUAUCCUUCGCACGAAUGGAGCUUGAGCUAAUGAAAAACAUGGAUGAACACCAUAAGUACUGUUACAAAAUAUUAAAAGCACUUCUAAUUGAAGAAAUUAACUUGUCCGGAAAGUGUAUGAAUUUAUCUUCAUAUGUUUUGAAAACAGCUUUUCUAUUUCAUGUUUAUGGAGAUAAUAAAUGCACUCAUUCUCGCCUGGACAUUUCUUGUAUAAACAGUGUUUUAGACUAUAUGUCAUCGUGUUUCCACAAAAUUCGAAUACCGUGUUUCUUUGCAAGAGACAUGAACGUCUGGGGCCACGUUUUGGAAUUCCCAUGCUUUAAGUGGGGGUGGCCAGGACUUUCUUUAAUUGGCGGUCGAAAUCAAAAGUUUGCCCUGUUGUGGAUAAAGUUCUGGUACAGAAUCGUUCAGUUUGUCAAAUCAACUCUUUCGGAAGAAAAGAUACCUGAAAUGGGUAGUUGGAUCUUUGCUACUGAAAAAUUUGAUUACACGAAGAGAACAAUAUAUUAUUUAAUUAAUAGGUACCUCAGUAAUGAGGAAGCCGUAAAGGGCGCGCUCACAAUUCAGGAACUGGCGGAAGUUAAUCUGGAUUCUUGCUCUGAUGAAGAUUUUGCUACAUAUAUCAAGGAAUUGCAGAACAAUUACAAUAUUAAACUGGAUUUCUUAUUGACUGAAAAUAGACAUUGAAUACCAACAAAUGUUAACCAAAGAUGGAAUCAUGACGACAUGUGGAAAAUUGACAAACGUCUUUAUCAGCUUGCUUUUGUUUCUCUGAACUGGACUUAAUGAUAAAAAAUCUUGAAGGAAAGCAAAACGAGCAAGUGAAGAGCAUGAAAAAUUCAAAUACUGGUAACUCUACUUUGGCAGUUCAUAAAGCGUGGGAAAGAUGUGAUUCAUUUUACGGCAGCCCAGAUCCUAUCGCAAGAGCUCUGAAGGGAAAGUUAAGUGAUGUUUUGGAGAAAUUUGACUUUAACAACAAGCCUGACUACUAUUGUCUCUCGGACACGCUGAAUGAACUAAACGCCGUCAAAGACAAUCCCAAGUACAGUAAGACAUUAAGUUAUUUUGAAACAUCAGAUGGAGUCAAACCUGUGUUACUCAAAGUUCCCAUGCAUGUUCAGAAUAAGUGGCAUGACAAGGCAAUAGAAUACAAGAAAAACAAUGAUGAAGCGUAUCUCCUUUUUGUGUAAUUUGUACUUUCGUGCAAGAGAUGGCAUAUGUGAUGAAUGGCCCUUGAUUUGACACUGAAGUUAAGCGAGUUGCUCGGCACCAAGGACAAAUCAAAUAAACAGUUUCACAGACAGACUGUUACUUCCAACAAAACAGAAGUGUUACAGGAUGAGAGUCAGACAAAAGUGCGUGGUGCUGUCCACAAUUCCGCACUCUCCACGAGUGACUACAAUGCUUUCCGCACGAAGAGUAUCGGUGAAAAGAGAGACAUCUUAAGGAGAUGGUCAGUGGUCAGUGUUUUAAGUUUUGUGAUGGCAAACAUUUGUCAAAUGACUGCCGUGUGAAAGUAAAAUGUGACACUUGUGGUAGCAAACAUCAUUGCACUGCCAUGCAGUUUCACACAUCAAACAGACCCACCCAGAAUCAAGUUGAAAAACCAGCUUUACAUCAUCAGACGGCUGAGACGACCACACACAUAAACGCAGCUUGUACAGAAAUCUGAGGGGAUUUCAGAGGCAAAUCAUGCGCUAAGAAUGUACUAGUCAGCAUUUACCAUAAGCAUAGUGAACACCCACCAGUUAAUGUUUACGCCAUUCUUGAUAAGCAGAGUAACAAGUCACUGGCAAAACCUGAACUUUUUGAAAUGUUUGACCCAAACACUACUUGUGAAUCAUACAAACUCUCUACUUGCAGUGGAUCAUCUUUAGUCAGUAGCAGACGCUCUCAUGGCUUUGUGAUUAAGUCGAUGGACAGACAGACUAACUUUGAUUUACCUACCUUAAUUGAAUGUAGUGCCAUUUCUAACAAUCGUAACAAAAUCCCAACUUGUGAUGUACCAUUUAUCACACUCAUCUUGCUGAGAUAUCGAGCUUCAUUCCGCCUACGCACCAUACGGCACACAUAUCACUACUGAUUGGCAGAGAUCUCUUGGGCGCACUUUAUGUCCUGGACCAGAUAAGAGGUGAUCCCUCUCAACCGUAUGCUGAACGGCUACCAUUAGGCUCGGUUGUCAUAUGAGAGACGUGCUUGGAUGGAAUCCAUACACCUAAAUCUGGGAUAUUAUGAAAACUAUGUGCUCGAAUUCUGAACAACCGUCCCUAGGCAUUGAAGUGCUCCAUUACCCUUUAAAAGGACACGACCUACUUUACAAAACAACGGACAACAAGCUUUGGAUCGAACUGUUAGCCUUGAAAAGAGUUUGAUGAAGAACCCUCUUAAGAAAACUCAUUUUCUGGAAUUUAUGAAGAACCUUUUUGAAGUCGGCCACAUCAAGUUUGCACCACAGCUUCCACCAAACACUGAGAGCUGGCAUUUGCCUCUAUUUGAGGUCUAUCAACCACAGAAGAAAGACAAAAUCUGUGGAGUUUUCGACUCUCCUGCGAAGUGCGACGGAGUAUCACUUAAUGACGUCCUAAUGAGUGGACCAGAUUUAAUGAACAAUCUCAUCAGUGUUUUGCUAAGAUUUAGGAGAGAAUCUGUAGCAAUAGUUGCAGACAUCGAACAGGUGUUUUACAGUUUCUUGGUGGAUAUUGAAUACAGACGUUUCUUGAGAUUCAUUUGGCACAAAGACAAUAAAUUUGACGAACCUUUGGUCGAAUAUCAAAUCAAAGUACAUGUUUUUGGUAAUAGUCCCUCCCCUGCGGUGGCGACAUACGGACUACGUCUUACGGCUGAUGAAGCAGAAGCACAGUAUGGCUCGGAUAUGAGGGAGUUUGUGCAUCGUAAUUUCCAUGUAGAUGAUGCUCUUUCUUUUCAUUCAUCUGCAAAGGAAGCAAUCGACCUACUCCAGCGCACACAGAAGGCUCUGAUGGAACAUGGCUGUGUUUGAGACUACAUGAGAUAGCAUCCAACUCUAGUGAGAUGUUAGCAGCUUUCAAUUCUCAAGAUCUGGCAAAGGACCUAAAAGACACAGAACUCUGGGCAGAUGACCUACCAACACAGAGAAGUUUUGGCAUCUGCUGAAACCUUCAACAUGACUACUUCCACAAUCAAAGUAAACAUGGAGGAGAAACCAUUCACAAGACGUGACGUCCUUUCCUCCAUCAACAGUCUCUUUGAUCCACUGGAUUUUGUUGCCCCAGUGAUGAUUGCUGGAAAGGCCAUUCUUCGUGAAGCCAUAACUAGUGGAUUAGACUGGGAUGAACCUUUACCGCCUGAUCCGGAGGUCAGAUCGUGUAGGACAAAAUGCAGAAUAUUUGUCGACAAGGCUCUCAUCGCUUUGAAAGAUUUUCGGAUUGGCUGCGACUGACCAGAGCUAUUUGCUUCAUACAGAAAAUGAUACGCAAGUGGAAACAAUCAAGAUUUGAUGGAGAUAAAGAUCAAAACCCACUUACUUUGAAAGAAGCUGAAAUUAUUAUUCUUGAGAUUCAGGACGAGAAAAUUUUCUGAAGAGAAAUUAAAGCUCUCAAGGCAGGCAGAACAAUAAACAAGAGUAGUCCAAUUUUCAGUCUGGACCCAUAUUUGGAUGAGGAUGAUUUACUUAGAGUGGGGGGCAGACUUUGUCACUCUAACUUGUCAUUUCAAGAGAAGAAUCCACUUAUCGUUCCGAAAAGAGCUACAUUGCCAUUUUGAUUGCUGAACACUUUCAUAGAGAAGUGAAACAUCAAGGACGCUUAUUCAAAGAAGGGGCAAAAAGAAGCGCAGGGCUUUGGAUCGUAGGAUGUCGCCGCCUUGUAAACUCUCAUAUACAGAAAUGUGCAUCAUGUAGAAAGCUGCGAGGCAAACAAAAACAACAACCAAAAAUGGCUGACCUUUUUGAGGCGCAUCGUCAUCCGGCACCCCCUUUACAUAUAUUGGAGUGGAUGUAUUUGGACCUUGGUCCAUUGUUAACAGAAAGACACGAGGAGGUCAAUCUCAAGCUAAGAGAUGGGCAGUUAUUUUUACCUGUUUGGUCAUCUGCACAGUCCAUAUCGAGGUAAUUGAGGAAUUGAGCACCUCUAGCUUCAUUUUUGCUUUACGUUGUGUUACAGCCCUUAUAGGUGAAGUGCGCACACUUUGCUCAGAUCGUGGAACAAACUUCAUUGGAUUCACUUCAGAAAUGAACGUCAUCAUAAUUGACAUUAAAGAUGCACCGCUAAAGGACUUCAUGUAAAGGAGAGGAAUUCAGUGGAAGUUUAACCCCCACACGCCUUACACAUUGGUGGGGCCUAGGAGCUGCAAAUAGGUGUCUCGAGGAAGAUAUUGGAUUCUCUACUGACAGGGCGAAAGAAAUCUUCAAGUGGGCGAUGUUGUCCUUCUUCGUGACAAGACACUUCAUCGCAAUGACUGGCCAAUGGGAAUUGUCGAGAACACAUAUUCUAGUGAUGACGCGCGUGUCCGUAAAAUAGAAGUUCAGAUUGGUAUGGACAGAAAGAUUUUCAAACGCCCAGCGACAGAAGUUCUCGUUCCAAACAAACUGUAGUGGGAAUGUGUCGUGACAGGACAUUCGAUGAGAAUGUGAAGUACAGUGUGCGCUAUAUUUUAUUGUGUAUUUUUGCUAUUUUGAAUACUGAUAUUGGGUAGAGUUACCUCUUUUUAAUUUGUUUAAUUUAAAUAUUUGUGAUAUUAUCAUAUCAGACGGGGAAUUUAAUGUUACAACAGCCGAUCUAUCCGGAAAUUUCAUGUCCGUCUUUGUUACAACUUUAUCGACGAAACUUCUUGUCAUAUAUAGCGGCAACCUUGUAAGUUUUGUAAUUGAAAUUGUCUGAAUAAUAGAUUAUUUUGUUUAUAUUUUACUAUGCAAUCGUUUUCUUGUGCAUAUCAUCAGUAUUUUUGUUUAUACUGCACUUGCAACUCGCAGUUGAUGCUAUUUUUAGAUUUAAAAUCCAAAGCUGUUAAAAAGUCAGAUUAACUUAAAAUGUAAUAAAAUUUUGUGUGAUGUUUAAGUAAGACAAGUUGAUAAUCUGUUGCUUAACUAUUGAUGGUGUAUAAGAAUUAAAUGUAGAAUCUCAAAUAUAAGUUUUGAAUGUCAGGAUUAAUUUCUGUAAUAUUUACCUGUGAAUCUAUAUUAGAAUUUUUUUGAUUAUUACCUGAAGUUGUGAGCCUACAUUAUUAUCAUUUUGUAUUUUUAUUUUGCGUUGCUUUCACAGAACGUCUCACAAGAGAACCUUGUAUGAAGUCUGUUCCAGACCCUUGAAUUCUGAAUAAAUCUACAUGAACCCCUGGGGCAUUUUGCAAACUGAAACAAAACAAGCGGAUCGUCAAUUUUGGCAAUAGAGAAGAUGCACAAAGCUUGGUUGCUAGAUCAAAAUUAACCCUCUAUCUAGUAAAAAAAAUCCAAAUAUGAAAAUUCUGCAACUUUUACGUGUUUUUAAAUGUGUACAUCUGAGUAAAAUCACUUCUUAAAUGUAAUGUAGUAUACUACUCUUGAAGCUUGUGAAUUUUUUGGUGAGGAUAAAAGAAAACGAUUUGGUAGAACAUUCACCGGAACCCUCUUCAUACCUUCGAUUGAGAUAACUUUAAAUUUAGCAUAUAAACAGUAUGGUUUCAACAAAGGCGUUUUAUAUCUGACAAAUCACAAGGCAUGGAAAUUUC